GGUGAGAACAUUAACACUUGCAAGAACAAAACUCAGUCUUCAAAAUCUUCCUUCAUUAGUUGGAUCAGAGUAUUUCAUCUGGACUUCUUAAGUCUGAGUCAUUAAAAUGGCCAACUUUUUUGCUUUUUCUCUGUUUUGCUUGAUAGCUGGGGCUUAUAUGAUUCCAGAAUAUCUCACUAUGGAGAUUGUUGGAGGGAAAGAAGUGCCUCCACACUCCAGGCCCUUCAUGGCUUCCAUCCAGUCCGAAGGCAAUCACGUUUGUGGAGGGGUCCUGAUCCACCCAGAGUGGGUGCUGACAGCAGCGCACUGCAGCUUUUUGUUGGGCCAGUCUCCUACCGUGGUUUUAGGAGCACAUUCUCUCUCAAAGAAUGAGCCCUCCAAACAAAGGCUUGCAAUUAAAAAACUUGUACCAUUCUCAAGACCCAGAUCAAAUGACAUCAUGCUGAUAAAGCUUCACACGGCUGCAAAACUCAACAAGUAUGUCCAGCUGCUCCACCCAAGAUCCAAAAACUAUAUCAGAGAUGGAACCAAAUGCCAGGUUACUGGCUGGGGAGCCACCAACGCAGAUGUUUUAAACAACUCUGAUACCCUGCAAGAAGUCACUGUUACUGUCAUAAGUCGAAAACAUUGCAACAGCCAAAGUUAUUACAACCACAGACCUACUAUAACAAAAGACAUGAUAUGUGCAGGAGAUGCCAAAGGCCAGAAGGAUUCCUGCCAGGGUGACUCAGGUGGCCCUUUGGUCUGUAAAGGUGUCUUCCAUGCCAUAGUCUCUAGAGGUGAUAAAUGUGGUAUUGCUAAGAAGCCUGGAAUCUACACCCUGUUAACCAAGAAAUACCAGGAUUGGAUCAAAAGCAAUGUUGCCUCACCUCCUGCAUAGUAAGACUGCUAAUCAUUUCCUCGGAUCUGUCACUUUUUUGUUUCUUUUUUCUCCCAUAAUAUGCUCACCUUAUCUUCAGAUGUAGUUGGAUAUAGGUAAAGCAGAACACACUUGAUGCAAAUUGCUGGCCCUGAAGCCUCAUCAUGCCAAUGAACCUAACUUCUUUCCAUGUGUAUCACUCAUGUAUUUUUACCAUAUUGAUUUCAUUCUAAAUAAAAUUUAGAAGACUCUC